AUGUCAUCAUCUUCAUCAGAUCCUCAGGAUCUUUUCAAAGACAUUUUACCUAAAUUAACAAGUACUAUAAGAGCAGCCAAUUCAUUAGCUGCACAAGAUGUUAAUUUUUAUAAAGCUGUUGAUCAUGAAUUAAGUGAAGAGAUUGAUGAACAGGGUAAAAGAUUGCUUGAGAUAUCUAAUGAUUUAUUAAGAUCAGCAUCAUCUAAUCCAAGUGAAUUUAAUUCUAUUUUAUAUGGGAAAGAUGAAAUCAGUUCUGAAUCAUCAUGGAAACCAAUUUCAACAAUACUUGAUUCCAUAUUUGAUAAAAUUGAAAUGACUUUUGAUCAAUCUAAAAGAAAAUCACCUUCUGGAGAUGAUAAAGAUAAACAAUAUCAAUACUUAGAUGAAGGUAAUACUACCAUUAAAAAUGAAAAAUCUCAAAGAAUUCAAAAACCUCAACUAAAAUUUAAAAUCCCAGUUGAUAAUUCAGAAGAAACUCCAUUUAAACCAAGGUUGACCACUAAACCAAAUGCUUUGGUACCCUUUAAAGAUACUAUGGUGAAUCCAGAACCAGUCUGGGAAGACACUGUUGAAAUCAUAGAUCCUCCAUAUUAUGCUCAACCGUAUGAAUAUGAAAUCGAUAAUCAACCAUAUCCUGAGAAGGUAUUAACUAAGUCAGAACCUAUAUCUCCUCAAGAUUGGUCAUCUACUAAAGCAACAUGGGUUGACACUGUUGAAGCAUUAAACAAAAUGAUUGAAGAAUUGAAGAAACUGGAAGAAAUUGCAGUUGAUUUGGAACAUCAUGAUUUCAGAACAUACUAUGGUAUUGUUUGUUUAAUGCAAAUUUCUAAUCGUGAUCAAGAUUGGAUUAUCGAUACUUUAGCAUUACGUGAUGAAUUAACUGAAUUGAACGAAGUGUUUACCAAUCCGAAUAUUGUUAAAGUUUUCCAUGGGGCUUUUAUGGAUAUUAUUUGGUUACAAAGAGAUUUGGGGUUGUAUAUUGUUUCUUUAUUUGAUACAUAUCAUGCUUCUAGAGCACUUGGGUUAUCCAGAUUUUCAUUGGCUUAUUUGUUAGAACAUUAUGCUCAAUUUAAAACUUCUAAGAAAUAUCAAUUAGCUGAUUGGAGAAUAAGACCAUUAUCUUCACCAAUGUUGGCAUAUGCUAGAUCAGAUACUCAUUUCCUUUUGUACAUUUAUGAUCAACUUAAAAACAAAUUGAUAGAUUCUGAUAAGUUGCGUGGAGUAUUACAUGAUUCACGUCAAGUUGCAAAGAGAAGAUUUGAGUACACUAAAUUCAGACCAUUAGCAAAUUUAUUUUCCAAACAAGUUACAUGUCCAGUAAUGGCAUUCAAUCCAAAGGAACCAUGGGGUUCUAUUGUAUCUCAAUAUAAUGUUCCACCAUUCAAAAAACCUUUAGUUGAAGUAUUAUAUAAAUGGCGAGAUGCAAUGGCACGUAAAGAAGAUGAAUCGGUAAGAUUUAUUAUGCCAAAUCAACUUUUAGUUAGUUUAUCACUUUUAGAAUCACCAGUUGACAGUAUUAAAGUAUUAAACACACCAAAUUUUGUUACUGAUGCCGUUAGAAUUAAUGCCAAAGAAAUUGCUCAAUUGAUUGAACGAACAAAUAAAGAAACAGAAGUUGGAGAUUGGGAUCAAGUAGAUCAAUGGAUGAAGAACCAAACUCUUCAACAAGAUGAAAAUCUUAUUGAUAAUGUUGCCCAAUGUCUGGAAAUUUUUGACAAUUUAAUUCAACAGAACUCAACAGUUUUUGAAAAUCCUAAAGAUUUAUUAAAUGAAAGUUCGGUUGCGUUCAAAAAUAUUUACAAUAAUGGUAAAUCAUUAUACACUUUGGAAUUCACAGAUAAGAAAGUAAUCAAACAUAACAUUAAUGAAACUUUUGCUUCAAGAUUAGAAAUUGUUUGGAAAAGAUUAAAUGAAGAAAAAUUCGUUCGUACAGUUCCUAUCGAUGAUAUCAAUGAAGAAAAUGAACAAGAAGAAGUUGAAGAAGAACCUUCUUCAGAAAGUCGAUCAACAACCAAAAAACUGUCAAGUUCAAUAUUAUUCGAUGAUGAUAGAGACAUUAAUCCAAAUGAACUUAUAACCCUUCGUAAGCGACACGUUCAAAAUUCCAAAACUACCAAAAACUCAUCAAAACAACAACAAGAGCAACAGCAACUACAAGCCAAACAAACUGAACUUGAUUUUGCCAAUGCUGAUAAAAUAUUGCUUACUGGUUCUAAAAAUAGAUCUGAUAAACAACAAAAGAAGAAACGUAGUUUUGAUCCAUACGGUAGAGAUAAUGAAGGUCCAAAACCUGCUAAGAAAGCUAAGACUAUGACUACAGGUAAAUCAUCUACAUAUAAAACAAAAAGCAGAAGAUCCUAA